GGACUGCUGAUUGCAGCCAGUUCACAUUGUUAGCAGAACUAGAGGGCCCCAAACCCACAUUUCGAUUAGGGCCCCAUGGAGGCUUGGGCCGGCCCUGGCCCCAACCAUUGAAGCAGUGAACAUUUUAGACCUUACUAAUUGACAUCUGGGCCAAAAUUGAAGUUACUAAUUAACUGGUGUGUUUUUAUCCACUGUACUAUCCAGUAUACUGGUACAUGUCUUAGAGACACAAGUUAACUAGCUAAUAUAUUUUAGCUGCACCAAUGAAUUGGUAAAGCUUUCAAAGCUUUGACUAGUGUACAUACUGUCUUUGUUGGUAUAUUUCAUCUAAAUUGAUCAUUUCACGUUGUGUAUAACUACAGAUGUGUAGAUGUGAAAUUGAUGUUAAUGUUGAUAUCAAGGAUAUUGAAUAAAUACAAAAAAGUUUGCCAUAAACCUGGGCUUCCGUAGCACCUCUCAAUGCCACAGGCUGGAUGCCUUCAUGCAUAAUUCAUAAAGGAUCCCUUACCAAUCAUACAGUACACAGCGAGCUCCAUGUACCCCCACAUUGUGUUUUAAAAUCAUUUUUAUUGUUCUCACGUAAUAUUAAAUAUUAUAGAGAAACGAAAUUCUGGGUUUUCAUUAGUUAUAAGGUAUAGUCCUCAGAAUUAGGAGGCAUAAAUGUAUGAAAUAUAAUUUCAAUCUGGAAAGACUCGUACACAGAGAGAGAGAGAGAGAGAGUGGUAUUAGAAAGUUUAAUUGACAAAUGAAAGUGUUUGGCGCUCGGACCCAGGAGGAAGACCGCUGUCAGAGAGAAUGAGCCGCUGUGUAUGAAGAUUGGAGACGUCUUUCCCCCGUGGGCUCGGACACUGGUGGUGGAGAGGAUGGAUAUUGAAGAAGUCUUGAGCUGAAGGCGGAGGAAGGUUGAAGCUCAGUCAACCGAUGAACAGCUGAAUCUUAUCAAGGGAGCGACGCUUGAUGAUUGGAGGAGGAGAUCAUCACCGAUAGGUUGGAAUCGAGGCGCAUGACGACAUCCUUGGUUGGGCAGAGGGCAGCGCGACAUAUAACUCAAGUUAGGAGCACGAAAAGGACGACACUAAAAGAAUGGCUUCAAGUACAGAAACGCACAUCAAAGACAAUGAUCCCCUGGAUGACCCACCUCUGGACUUUGCUGCUACUGAAAGCUUUCUACAACAAGCAAUGACUAUGAUUUUAGAAGAUGCAGUGAAGAAGGCCACUGAUGUCAGACAAAAGGUUUGUGAGUGGCAUCCCCCAGAGGAGCUGAAGGAGCUUCUGGAUCUGGAGCUUAGAGACAGUGGAGAGUCUGAGGCAAGGAUCCUGGAGCUGUGCCGAGACGCCAUCAGAUACAGUGUCAAGCCCACUCAUCCUCAUUUCUUCAACCAGCUGUUUGCGGGGCUGGAGCCAUACUCCCUGGUGGCUAGCUUCAUCACUGAGGCCCUCAAACCCACCCUGUACACCUAUGAGGUGUCUCCAGUCUUCACUCUGAUGGAGAAUGCUGUGCUCAAGAAGCUGAUACAGACAGUUGGUUGGGAGGAAGGAGGAGAUGGACUCUUUAAUGCAGGUGGGUCGAUGUCCAACAUGUACGCCAUGAACCUAGCCAGGUACCGUCAUUUUCCUGAAAUCAAGGAGCUUGGAAACUCUGCAGCUCCCCGGCUGGCGGUGUUCACAUCACAAGAGUGUCAUUACUCCAUCUCAAAAGCUGCAGCUUUAAUGGGAAUCGGCACAAAGAAUGUCUUUGUGGUUCCGUCUGAUAAGAGAGGAAAGAUGAUUCCCUCUGCUCUUGAGGAGCAAAUCAAGUCUGUUAAAAGUGAGGGUGGAGAUCCCUUCAUAGUGAACGCCACAGCGGGGACCACUGUCCUUGGAGCCUUCGAUCCUAUUGACGAAAUUGCAGACAUCUGUGAGAAAUACAAACUGUGGCUGCAUGUGGAUGCAUGUUGGGGAGGAGCAGUUCUCAUGUCCAACAAGCACAAGCUCCUAAUGAAAGGCAUUCACAGAGUCGACUCUGUUGCCUGGAACCUUCACAAGAUGCUGAUGGCCUGUCUGCAAUGCUCAGCUUUCCUGGUCAGAGACAAAACUCAUCUCCUCCAGCGCUGCCACUCUGCUCGGGCUUCCUACCUCUUUCAGCAGGACAAGUUCUACGACUUGAGCUACGACACCGGGGACAAGUCUGUCCAGUGCAGCAGGAAGCCAGAUGCCUUCAAAUUCUGGCUCAUGUGGAAGGCUUUGGGUGCCAGCGAGCUGGGGCAGAGGGUGGACAGAGCUCUCGCCAUGGCCAGGUAUCUUGCAGAUGAAAUUACAAAAAGGGAAGGCUUCCGCCUUUUAAUGGAGCCUGAAUAUGCAAAUGUUUGCUUCUGGUACAUCCCGCCAAGUCUGAGAGACCUGCCAGAUGGGCCAGAGUUCCAGGAAAAACUACACAAUGUGGCGCCAGUUGUUAAGGAGCGCAUGAUGAAGAAGGGCAGCAUGAUGGUGGGCUACCAGCCCCACAGAGGCCAAGCCAACUUCUUCAGGAUGGUGGUGAUCAGCCCUCAGGUCAGCAGGCAGGACAUGGACUUUGUCCUGGAUGAGAUACACAGCCUGGGAAAGGACUUAUGAUACGCUGGCAGUUUCUCAGGGGGUCAUAUCUUCUGAAAGUUUAGAAAGAAUCAUUCGUGGAAUCGUGUCCCUGCAUAUCUUGUAUUAACAACUCUGAGUUGAAAUUUGUUCUUGGAAUAUAUUACUUUUGGCACUUUUUCCCUCAAUGACUCUUCCUCAUAUUUUCAAUUGAGGAAGCUGUUGAUUUCACAAGUGUGAAAAGUGAUCUAAGUUUAGGGUGUGGGGUUUAGAGUUGCGUUAUGUAAGUAGUUUUCAGCACACAGUGUUGUAAGAGUGCAACAUGUCAUCUUCGAAUUCAUACUUUGUGUCAAAUAUUUUUUCAUGGAACUGGAACAAUAAUAAACCAACUAUCUCUGGCCAUUCUAAA